GCUCCUGAGGGAAGUUAGCCUGCUGCCAGUGGAAGUUUGGCAUUUACCACACGAGGCAGAAGAACUUCAGUCAGUGGCAUGGCCACAAAAGUGCCAGCUGCGGCAAGUGCCUGUGGCCCUUCCCCGAAAACGCCCGGAGGUGUGGGCCGUCAAGCCCUUGGCACUGCUGGGCAGCCGCUUCCGGGAAGUGCUGCUACUGGAUGCGGAUAACCUGCCGGUGCUGAACCCGGAAGACCUCUUCGAUGAGCCAAGCUACCAGGCGAAUGGUGCUCUGUUCUGGCCCGACCUCUCGCCCUUCCAGGAGAAGAUGCCGGAGCAAUGGUCGGCUUUAAGUGGAGGAGUGUGGCAAAGCCGCCCCGAGAACAUCAGGUGGGAACAGGAGAGUGGGCAACUGCUCGUGGACAAAGCCAAAUGCGGCGCCAUGCUGCAAAGGGCGGCGACCAUGGCAAUGCAUUUGAGGUCCCUGUGUCGCUUCUUGCCGGGCGACGGGGGCGACAAGGAUCUCUUUCAGCUGGCUUGGACGUUGGAGUCGCGCAGCUUUGCCAUGGCCCCUCUGCCAGCCGCUGCCGGCUGUUUGAAGCCCGACCGCGCCUCGACGGCCAGCGGAGCGUUCGUAGGUCACACCAUGGUGCACCACUCCUGCGAUGGCACACCAUAUUUUUUGCAUCGAACCAUCGACAAGCACGAGGACUUGUGGCAACUUCACUGGGAGGUCGUGGCCAAACCCAAGUUCCAGGACAUGCAGUGCUUGUCUCUUCAAAGGAUUUGUCCCGAUGCCAAGGUGAAGGCCCGCAUUGUCCCACAGCAUGCGGAACACGUGGAGGUCCACGACUUUGACCGCUACGUAGGAUCCGAAAUCCGUACGAGGUUUGCGCGGAUUGUGGCCGAGCUACUGGAAGAGGAAAACAGGCGAUGUCGGUCCAAAGCAAAGGCGAGAGCACGGUACAAAAAGCCUCGCUGCUGUUUGUGCUGGUGCUGCAGAACUGCGCUUGUGCCAUCCUGGUCCAAAGCCCCAAUUGUGAAGCAGAGCAGAACACACUCUGCAGAUUGGGUGCCACAGACGGGCGUGAUCCUACAAGAGAUGCUGAAGGGCAUCACCAGCCUUGUGCUGGCCGUUUUGAUGGGUGAGUCGAUGCAAGGUGCCAACGGACGAGGUAUUUGCCUCGAUGACUAG